AUGUACGUGUACGAGAGCUGGGACAAAGGAUAUACCGGAAAUGACGUCACGAUCGCCAUUGUUGAUGACGGCGUAGAUACAUCACAUUCGGAUCUCAGCUAUGACGCGUCCCUGAGUUACGACUACGCUUAUGACGUAAUGGAUUCGGCCAACGUGGAUGCAUCGGACGGACACGGUACAAAUUGCGCGGGCGUGGCUGCAGCCUUAAAGAAUUCGGUGUGCGUAAUAGGCGUAGCGUAUAACGCUAACAUUGCAGCCGUACGAUUACUUGACUCUUACAUCGGGGCGACCUCAAGCAUGAAAGCGCUCGCCAUAACACACAAACUCGACUACGUGGAUAUUUAUAGUAACAGCUGGGGCCCGUCAGACGAUGGAGAAAAUAUCUCGCCACUUUCGAAUGUCUUAGAAGAGGCGUUAAAAACUGGUGUCACUGAUGGUCGGUCAGGCAAGGGUGCCAUUUACGUUUGGGCUUCCGGAAAUGGCGGGGAGGACGAAGACGAUUGCAACGCAGACGGUUACGCGAGCAGUAUUUAUACGAUCGGUAUUAACGCAGUCUCUCAGACCGGGGCGCCCACGUACUACGCCGAAUGGUGUACUUCCGCCAUGGCCGGAACGUACAGCGGAGACGAUCCUAACCCGGACAUAGAAGAAGGCAAUAAAGUCACAUCUCGAAACAUUAUGUGA